UACCACUCCAAUCCAAAAAACACACUAAACAACCUUUUUAGUCUCCUAGAAAGUAGAGACCAAAAUAUUUAUAUAUAAAAAAAAAAAAAAAAACCAUUAUCCAACUUUUCCCUUAUAAGGUAUAUUACCUCAAAUCCACACGAUUCUUCCUGUCAGACCCAUAAGCCUACAGGUUUGGAGUCUAAAAGUGAAACUUUUUUUUUUUCCUUGGCGGGACUGACAUUGUAUGGGGGUGGUAUGAAGCUGCAACAGUAUUAUAUAUGUUUCUGCACAACAAAUUGUCGGCAGUGAUCUUAAACUAAAAUGUAUGUUACACACAACAGGGCUGCAAUAGAUGAAAUGGGUUAUGCAAUGAGUAGGAUGGAGAUAGAACCAGACCAUUGUGACGGUGGGGAGGUUGUCCAUGGAGUCAGUGACAGUCAAAGAUCCAACAAGCCAUUGAAUGAUUUAGACAAUGAAAUUGCCCAGCUCACAAAGUUAAAAUCAGGACCCCAUCAAAUGCUGAGCCAAAUUGCACCUGGAAGGCGGGGGUUACCUGUUUCCACCGUGAAAAUGUUGGCUGGUCGAGAAUGUAAUUUUUCAGGAAGGGGAAGGUUCUCAUCAGCAGAUUGUUGUCAUGUUCUUAGUAGAUAUCUUCCGGUAAACGGUCCUUGGCUUAUAGAUGAAAUGAACAGUCGAGCCUAUGUCUCGCAGUUUUCUGCCGAUGGUUCUCUUUUUGUUGCUGGAUUUCAGGGAAGCCACAUUAGAAUAUACGAUGUUGAUAAAGGGUGGAAGGUUCAGAAAAAUAUUCUUGCCAAAAGUUUGCGAUGGACAAUUACUGAUACAUCUCUUUCUCCAGAUCAACGCCAUCUUGUUUAUGCCAGCAUGUCACCUAUUGUCCAUAUUGUUAAUGUUGGUUCUGCUGAAACAGAAUCUCUGGCAAAUGUUACGGAGAUCCAUGAUGGUUUGGAUUUUUCUUCUGCUGGUGAUGAGGAUCGAGGAUACUCUUUCGGAAUCUUCUCUGUGAAAUUCUCAACUGAUGGACGAGAAGUUGUUGCUGGAAGUAGUGAUGAUUCUAUAUAUGUCUAUGAUCUUGAAGCAAAUAAGCCUUCCCUCCAAAUUUCAGCACACUCGUCUGAUGUGAACACUGUAUGUUUUGCUGAUGAAAGUGGCCAUCUCAUUUAUUCUGGGAGUGAUGAUACUUACUGUAAGGUGUGGGACAGACGUUGCUUAAAUGCUAGAGAUAAGCCAGCAGGGGUCUUGAUGGGACACCUAGAAGGCAUUACAUUUAUUGACAGCCGUGGAGAUGGUCGUUAUUUCAUUUCAAAUGGUAAAGAUCAGUCCAUAAAACUAUGGGAUAUCCGGAAAAUGUCCUCAGAAGCUACUUGCAAUCGAGAAGACUUCAGGAAAUAUGAAUGGGACUAUAGAUGGAUGGACUACCCACCACCGGCAAAAGAUGUGAAACACCCGCGUGAUCUAUCAGUGGCUACAUAUAGAGGUCAUUCGGUCUUGCGUACUCUUAUUCGCUGCUACUUCUCCCCAGAAUAUAGCACUGGUCAAAAGUACAUAUACACUGGAUCUCACAAUUCAUGUGUUUAUAUUUAUGAUUUGGUGAGUGGAGCCCAAGUUGCAACACUCAAGCAUCAUAAAUCACCUGUUAGAGACUGUAGUUGGCACCCUUAUUACCCUAUGCUUCUUAGCUCAUCUUGGGAUGGGGAUAUUGUCAAAUGGGAGUUUCCUGGGAGUGGCGAAGCACCGACACCCGUGACCAAGAAGAGAGUUCGAAGGAGAUAUAUUAAUUGAAGACCACUUGCUGUUUGUGCAAGAUAUGUAUGAUACUGUUUGGUAAAUAUUUGUAUAUGGUUCAAGCUACAUUUUUCACUAUCAAAUAAGGUGCAACUGAUGAACUACAAAAAAUUCUCAUAUUCACCAUCUUAAGUUGUACAUAAAAUACCACUACAAGUGGGGAUUGCGAUCUUCAUAUUUUGUGUAAAAGUCAUGGAUGAUGGUACUGCAUAUGUAUUAAUGCAAAUACACAGCCAAAUGUGUGCUU